AUGGAAUCGUCUUCAAGAGACAGCAAGUUAUUCCAUAAACUCGUAAAUAAGCAACGGACAUCGGGCUCCUCAACGACCAAAGUCAUUCAAGUUAACAACAACGUCUACUCUGAGCCACUCGAAAUCCUAGAUCAAUGGGAAAAGCAUUUUCAGCAAUUGGCCACCCGGCCAGAAACAAACAACCAAGAUCUAACCAGGGAAAAGUUAUCAAAAAUCCAAAACGACAUCAUCAUGGAAACGGAAUUAUCAAAAGAUGAAAAGAUCCAAGUAAUCACGGAAAAUGAAGUAGAGACGGCCAUUAGGAACCUCAACUCUGGAAAAGCCAUGGACGCAAAUGGCAUCUCAGCAGAGCACCUAAAGUAUGCAGGACAUGAGUUAACAACAGCACUAACUCAAACAUUCAACAAGCUGCUACAAAACUUGGACAUAACUCAACCCAUGAAAGAGGGGAUCCUUACACCGAUCCUCAAAAAAGGAAAGGACAAGACAAUUCCAUCUAAUUAUAGAGGUAUCACCGUCACAAACGUGUUCUCUAAAGUCUUCGAAGCAAUUAUCAAGGUUAGGCUGGAGGAAAUACUGAACCAAAAGCAAAAUCCACUCCAAAGAGGAUUUAAGCUGGUGUCUCCCCCUAGGAGCUGCACUCAUGAUUUCGGAAGCUAUUAUAGACGCAAAGGAAAACCAAAAGGAGUUGUUUCUUGUGACGUUGGACGCCCAAAAAGCCUUUGA